GAUAGUUGGGUGGGACUUUCAGUUGAGAAUCCACAACUGCUCCCUAAAGGUCCGUCCUCCAAGGCACGAAUCCACCGAAAAUGGCUGACAAGAAGAAUCUGCUCCUGCUGUUCGAUCAUCCCACGGAGCCCGUGUUCAUGGACAAGGGCGGCAAUGGCACCGUUUUUGACGUGCCCGACUCCUACGUGACCGAUCGCUACAACCAGGUGUGCAAGAAGGUCCAGCGGCGCGUGAGCAGCGCGUCCGAGAAGAACGUCCUGGUCAAGGAGAUCGCCAUACCGGAUCUCAGUAGCCCCAUGAGACUGGGCCGCUCGGAGCAGUUCUCGCUCUUCCUGACGUCUCACCGCAAGAUGGCCAGCCACCUGAUCGAGGUCUUCACCAAAAUGCCCACCGUGGAUGAGCUGCAGAGCGUGGCGGUGUACGCCAGGGAUCGCGUCAAUCCGGUGCUCUUCAACUACGCCCUGUCGGUGGCCCUGCUCCACCGUCCGGACACCAAGGACCUGGAACUGCCCGCCUUCGCGCAGAUCUUUCCGGAUCGCUUCAUCGACUCGCAGAUGCUUCGCAGCAUGCGCGAGGAGUCUUUUGUGGUGGAGCGCUCCGCCGCCCGCCUGCCCGUCGUCAGUUCGGUCAAGUACACCGCCUCCGAUCUCGACGUGGAGCACCGGCUGUGGUACUUCCGCGAGGACCUGGGCGUCAACCUGCACCACUGGCACUGGCAUCUGGUCUAUCCCAUCGAGGCGUCCGACCGCAGCAUCGUAGACAAGGAUCGUCGUGGCGAGCUGUUCUACUAUAUGCAUCAGCAGAUCAUUGCCCGCUACAAUGCCGAGCGGCUGAGCAACCACAUGUCCCGUGUGCAGUCGUUCAACAACCUGGACGAGCCCAUUGCCGAGGGCUACUUCCCCAAGAUGGACUCGCUGGUGGCCAGCAGGGCGUAUCCUCCGCGCUUCGACAACACCCGGCUGAGCGACGUGGACCGGCCCAAUAACCAGUUAAGGGUGGGCAUCGACGACAUGAAGCGCUGGCGCGAACGCAUCUACGAGGCCAUUCAUCAGGGCUACGUUUUGGAUACGAACAAUGAAAAGAUCGUCCUGGAUGACUCGAAGGGCAUCGACAUCCUGGGCAACAUCAUCGAGGCCUCCGAUCUGACGCCUAACAGUACGCUGUACGGCGACUUCCACAACAUGGGACACAUACUCAUUGCGUACUCCCACGAUCCGACCAACAAGCACCUGGAGUACGCUGGCGUGAUGGGUGACGCCUCCACCGCGAUGCGCGAUCCUAUCUUCUACAAGUGGCACGCCUUCAUCGACAACAUGUUCCAGGAGCACAAGCGCCUGCUUUCCCCCUAUGAGAAGCAGGAGCUCUGUUUUCCGGACGUUCGCGUCGAGAGCAUCCAGGUGGAGAGCCAGGGUCAGGUGAACAAGCUAACCACCUUCUGGCAGGAGUCCGAUGUGGACAUGUCCCGUGGCCUUGACUUCGUGCCGCGCGGCCAUGUCCUCGCUCGGUUCACUCAUCUGCAGCACCACGCAUUCAGCUACACCAUCAAGGUGGAGAACUCCAGCGAGGCCACGCGGUAUGGCUACGUGCGCAUCUUCCUGGCGCCCAAGCUGGAUGAUCGCAAUGCACCCAUGCUGCUGGAGCAGCAGCGCCUGAUGAUGGUGGAGCUGGACAAGUUCGUGGUUACCAUGCCUCCCGGCAGCCAUACGAUCACCCGGAACUCCACGGAGUCGAGUGUCACCAUUCCGUUCGAGCGCACCUUCCGCAACCUGGAAAAGCUGGAGGAGCUGCAGAACUUCUUGUGCGGCUGCGGCUGGCCCCAGCACAUGCUGAUUCCGAAGGGUCGGCCAGAGGGUCUGCGCUUCGAGCUCUUUGUCAUGGUUUCCAACUACGAAGAGGAUAAGGUUGAGCAGACGGUCGCAGAUUGCGGCUGCAGCAUCGCCGCUUCCUAUUGCGGCCUGCGCGACCGCCUCUAUCCGGAUCGCAAGGCCAUGGGCUUCCCCUUCGAUCGCAAGCCGCGGCGCGGCUCCGAGAUCCUGGAGAACUUCCUGACGCCCAACAUGCGCGCCGUGGAGGUCAUCAUUACCCACGAGGACCGCACCGAGAAGCUACGCGAGUUGCCAGCUCGCUCCUGAAUAAGAGAAGCAUCUUUUCACGGCCAAUUAUACCAGGCCAAUGUCCGAUGUAUUUCAUUUU